AUGGACCAUCGCAUGCAGGGGCCGCUCAUCCCGCUGGUGAAUCACGACACGAUGCUGGGCCGCCAGGUGCCUCCGCCCUUCCAGUUCGCCAGCCCCUCCGUCUCCGCGCGCCACUGCACCAUCUCCUGCCUCCCCUCGCCUCCCCCUGCCGCUGGGGAAGCCCCUGCGCCUCCUCAGGCGGGCGAGGCACGCGCCUCCCCCCAGGGAGAAGCGCCUGCUGGGGUGGAGGAAGCCGCAGGGGGAGCGAGAGCAGGUGCAGGAGGGGGAGAAGCAGGGAGAGAAGUGGCGGGAGGAGGGGCAGCAGCAGCAGGAGGAGCUGAGAGGGAUGGGGGAAGCAGAGAGGCGUUCGUUGUUGUGGUGAAGGACACGAGCUCCAACGGCACGUUCGUCAACGGAACCCGGCUGCAGAGGAACGGACCCCCGCAGCAGCUCAAGCAUGGCGAUGUGCUGUCGCUCGUGGGGCCACCAGACACAGAGGUCGCCCACACGUUUGUCUUCCUGCGUGUGGAAGGAGCACUCUUACCACCUGCUUCUCCGGCCGCUGCUGCCAAUGGCGCCGCUGCUGCUAAGGGCCUGCACUCCCCUGUUGCCGCAGGGAGAUUUUCUGGCAGGCGCGCAGCAGCAGGUGGAGAGGUAGCAGGCAGUGGCGCCAUGCGCGGCGUGAGUGUGAAGAGGGAGCAAGGAGAGGGCGCAGGCGGAGCAGACCUAGCGACAGUGCUGGUGAAGCGCAAGGCUCACGCCUUGACCUCUAACUCGAGCCCCAUGGCAUUAAAUCCAAGCCGUGGGGCAGACACCAGUCACACGACCACCCCUGUGGCGUCUCCCGCUGUGAAAGGCCAGAUGCUGCCCCCUCCUCCACGCUCCUCCCCUGCAGCAGCGCGCCGACUGUCCAUGCACUCUCCGCCACCGCUCCCAGGAUCGGGGUUGGGAGCAGAGGCCGUAGUAGUGGGUCCAGACGAAGGGGGGAUGGCAGCAGGAAGGGUUCCGAAGCGGAGACGAGGGUCGAGGGGUGCUGUUCAGAGCUCGGUUUCUCCUGAUAGUUCUGCUGAUGCUGAGGCAGGUUCUGGGGCAGGUUCUGGGGCAUCCGCGCCUGGCAGUGGCAGAGGUGCCCUUGCUCCAGUCACGCCUGUUGCUGCCCCGGGUGCUGCUUCUACUGCUGCUGUUGGAGCAGGUUCGCCUGCUGAGGUGGCACUGCCUGCUGCUGACGUGGCAAUUCUGGAGGAGAUGAAGCAGCUGCGGCGGGCCAAUGAGGAGCUCCGGCAGCAGCUGGAUACGGAGGCUGCCAGGAUGGACGAGAUGCUGAGUCAGCGACAGCAGGAGGAGCGACGGCAUGAGGAGGGUGUGGUGAGUGCACGGAUGGAGGUGCAGCAGGAGUGGGAGGGGCGAGUGCAGGAGGCGCAGAGGGAGAGAGACGCCGCUGUCAGCAGGCAAGAACAGGCGGAGGGGGAGGUGGUGCGGCUGCAGGAGGAGCUGACAGGUGUCGGCGAGCGAUUGGCUGUGGAGAGGAAGGCACGGGCGGAGGCUGAAGCUGCGAAAACAGGGUGCGUGCUGGUUAAAGAGUGGCUGCAAGCGGAGGUGGAGAGGGCAUGGAGGGAGCGGGAGAGGGAGGCGGAGGAGAGGGGGAGGGAGAGGAGGGAGAUGGAGGCGGAGAGGCAAGCAGCAGUGGAGCGAGUGCAGGCAGCCGCGGCAGCAGAGGCAGCUGCUGCUGCAGAGAGGACGCAGAGGGCAGUGAAGGAGCUACAAGAAAGGGUUGCUGCUCUCGUGGCUAAGAACGAGGAGAGGCAGGCAGCCAUUGACUCGCUCUCUGCCAAGCUGGAGGGCGAGCGGGCAGCAGUGGUGGCGGCGCAUGAGAGGGCGAGGAGGGGGGAGGGGAUGCUGGAGGAGGAGAGGGGGCGAGCGGUGCAGCUGCAGCAGCGAGUGGCUGCCAUGGGGGCUUCUCUUGCAGGGAAGGAGGCCGAAGCGGCUCAACUGCAGGCCUUGCUGGCAGCUUCGGAGGCCAGAGCCUGUGGCGUGGCAGGGGAGCUUCGGAAGGUGCAGAUGCGGCUGUCGGUGGAGCAGAGGCGGCUGCAGGGCGCCAGGGAGCGCAUCAUGCUGCGGGACGCUCAAAAGAGGGAAUUCGAGAAAACAGCGAACCACAUAGCGUGCUUGCAGGAGCAGAUGGAGCAGGCGCACGAGGAGCAGACGGCUCUGGGGCAGUCGCAGCAGCAGCUGCAGCAGCAGGUGGUGCGGGCACAGCUGCAGCAGCAGGCGCAGCAGCAGCGGCAGCAGCAGUUGCAGCAGCAGAUGCUGAGAGCGCACCUGGAGCAGCAGCAGCAGCUGACUCGCAUGUUUCAAGUGCUGCAGGAUGGGGAAGGGGAGGGGAAGGCGGGGGUUGGGGGGAGGGGAAGUGAGGGGCUGGAAGGAGCUGCGGGGAAGCAGGAGGGAGGGGAGGAGGAGGAUGAGGAGAUGACUCAAGAAGCUGAGGUGGGAGAGGGAGCGGUGGGGGGAGGAGUGGUGGGGGGGGGGAUGGUGGGAGGGGGUGAUACGUGCCUUGUAGAAGGUGAGGGGCCUUCUGGUGAAGCUGAGGCACAUGGUGUGGCACAGGGGAGUGUGGUUGCUAGGGCGGAGGGGAUCGAGGAAAGGGAGGGCUUGUUUCUUGUACGGAGGGAGCUCUUUAGAGGGGAUGAGGGGGAAGGGGAUGAUGAGGGAGGAUUGGGGAUGAGAGGGUCGGAAGAAGAUGGGAGGGGAUGUGGUGGUCGGAUGGGUGAUGGAGGGAGGGACGAAGGAGAGGAAGAAGGAGGAGGAGGAAAUGGGGAGACGGAGGAGCCGUUGGAUAAUCGGUUUGAUGAGCUGAACAGAGAAGGUGGGCCGUUGGAUGAGCGGCUGGAGGAGCUGAUGGAGGCAGAGACGCAGGAGUACAGUGGGGGGCGAGGAGGGCUGCUGGAGGGGUUCUCAGGAGGGAUGCUGGACGAGACCUGUGAGUCACCUGGACGAGGAGGGGUGCUGGAAGCGGGGUUCACAGCAUGGGGCGAGGAGGAGACAGGGGAGCGUGCGGAGGGGGAAGAGGGGUUGGAGAGGGACGGAGCAGCAGGGCGAGGAGAAGAGGAGGGGGUGGUAGGGGUUGUGGGUAAGGGAAAGGGAAGGAGCCCUGGGAAGGGUGACGCUGGUUCUACCUUACGAGCACGGUUGGAAGCCGAGACAGAAACGGAGACGCAAUGGCACACGGAAACGCAGGGUCAUUUGGAAACGCAUGGGCAGAGGGAAGCUGUAGCGGCAGGGCAGACAGAGACACAGACACAGGUGGCGACUCAACUGCUGUCGCAAGCUCUGCUGUCACAAGGGCAGGUUCACUCCCAAGGGCUAAUUCAGUCACCGGGGCCAGAGCAGUCAUCAGGGCAGUUUCAGUCACAAGGUCAGUACCAGUCGCAAGGGCCGUUACUAUCACCACCCACUGGUGGUGCCUCACAAACCCCGAUGCCCUCACAGCGGCAGUCACAGUCGCAAGUGCCUGGUUCAUCCCAGCAGCCCUCACAGCCGUCACAGGCAGAGUCACAGAGGGCGCUGCAAACACAGGAGCUGCCCCCCACGCAGCUGCUCUCAGCGUCACAAGAGCUGGCAGUGCAGCAGCAGCCGCAGCAGCAGGUGGGGGUGAUGCGAGCACAGGAGCAGCAAGAGAAGCAGCCACAGGAACGGCCGCAGGAACAGCAACAUGAGCAGGCGGGGUCACCUUUGCAGGAGCAGGAGCGGGCACCUUGUGCAAAUACUUCCCCAGCUGCAGCAGCACCUGGGGCGACAGUGGGAGGUGAACCAGACGGCUGUGGUGGCGGAGAUGGUGAUGGUAACGGUGAUGGCGUGGAAGAGAGGCAGGGAGUUACAUGUGAAGGUGGAGCGGGGACAGAAACCCCGACUUAUGAAGGUCUGCCAGAGGGAUCAGAGACCCCCAACCCUGCGCUGCUGCUGGUGGGCGGGCAAGCUUCUGAAGGGGAUGAGUCCGGCAGGGAGGGGAAUGAUGGGAGCCGUGGGUUGAGAAGGGAUGGAGCUGGGGCUGUGCCUGUGGUUGCUGCUGUGAGAGUCGAGGGCAGUGCGGUGGGCGUGGGUGUUGUGGGUGGGAGUGAGAUUGGGAUUGGGAAUGGGAAUGGGAUGGAAGAGAGGGAACGGCACGAAGACAUGGGGAAUGGCAGAAUGGGGGACGGUGAUGGUGAUGUGGGCUGUGAUGGUGCGGUGAGAGGUGGUUCUGAGGGAUCCAGCGAUAUGCGGAUGGGGGAUGGGGAUACGGGGGAUGAGGAGACGGGUGAAGGGGAUGAGGAUGCGAGGGGUGAGAAUGAGGGCGACGCUGAUGACGAGGAGUUGUCGCCAGCUUCCAAUGGAGGAGGAAGGGUGUCUGAUGCGAACCCCAAUGGGGUUGAUGGGGAACGGGAGGGGAAGGAGGGUGCAGAAACAGGCAAGGGUGGGGGCGCUGUGGGGUUGCUUCAAGAAGAGGGUGCAGGGGAGGGGGAGGGGGAGGAGGGAUUAAGACGUGUGGGGCAGGGGAGUGAGAAGGGGGACAGUCCUGCGGAUGAGAUAGAGGGGGAUGUGGUGGCAACGUGGGGGCUGCCGCAUGUGAGGCGCGCGUACCGGCGGCGGAGGAAGAGGAGGUUGAGUGGUGGGGAUGGGGUGAAGGUAGGCAGGGUGAAGGGAGGGCGGGAGGUGGGAAGGUUGGGUCGUAGUGAGAAGGGGAGAGAAAGGCGGAGGUUGGGUGGUGAGAGUGGUUCACCUUAUGGUGUGGAGAGCAGUCAGGAAGCAAAUUCCUGGUGA